CAAUUACUUUAUUUUCUCCGUGUAGUCAUACAAAGCCAGGUAUGACCAUAUAUGACCUUAUAUAUUCAAAUUGUAUCUUAUUUUAAGCAUAUAGGAGGAGUUUUAAAAUUGUAUGCCAAAAAAAUCAAUGAAAUCGUAUGCAAUAUAAAACUUUGAUUAGUUAUUUCUGCGAAAAGACUAAAAGCGUGUUGUGCCAUCAGAUAAAAAGUUAUGUGAAACACCCGAGAACAUACAUUGUGCAUUAUCAUUUGGUCAAGGACGAACUGGAAAAUCAUAUGGAUAUAGAAAAAUGUGCAUGACAAUGAUUGGUUGAAACAUGCAAAUUUUUGGUUGUCAAUAGAAACCAAAAGCAAUACAAAGAAUAUUUUUGCAUCGAAAGAGGUAGUGAUGUGCAUAUGACUCUCCAUUCUAUUCCAGUCGAGUUGCGACUGUUCAUUAGAGUUUUUGAGUUUGUUCGUAACUAAUGUAGUGCAUUUUUUCAUUUUUAUUGCUAUAAUAGAUUUAUACAGUUUGGUAUUAGUUAAUAUGAAGUGGAUUCAAAAAAUAAUAUGGUGGUUAAUUGCAGUAAAUUCAUUAGAUAUAAUUUAUUUCUCAAAUGCAUCGAUACCGGCUCAAGUUUCCGAACAAUUGAAAUUUUUAUUGAAAUCAUGUUUCGCUGACCGGUUGAAUCCGGUAAUCAUCAGUGAAGAUUUGACUGAUAUUGCAUACACUGAGACAACUGACUCGAGCAACGACGUAGCUUUUUUUGAAACGGACUAUCCCAUUAUCGUGAUCGAUGAUAAUUUUCGAGCUAAAAAUAUCGACCCGUAUUACAACCCAAGAUAUCCUACGUACGUUUUAUCGGUUAAAUCUGUCAAGAAACUCGAAACAACUCUCCGAGAAUUAGCGUCUUUGUCCACCUGGAAUGUCAACUCGCAUUUUUUCAUCGUCCGACACAAUCAUAACGAUUGCGAUAAAGAUGGAGAAAAAGUGCUAAAAGUUCUUUGGAAAAUGGAUUUGCUGUCCUCGUUCUACGUUUGUCUUGAGCCUAAUGAUAAUGAAGCAAUACCGAGUAAUGUAAUUGCUGACACGCGAACAAUGUUAUAUACUUUUAAUCCCUUUUCGAACUACGCGCCCUUGCCCUGGCAGGAAAUCCAUCGUGUUAAGCAACCGAUCGAUGACAACAGAUCCGAACAAGAUCAAGAUAAACGUUGGACUCUCUAUAAACAACCAUAUUUAAACGAUACGAAAUUAUGCCCUAGCUUGACUUUUGACAAAACGAAGCAUCUCAACGCCUACCCCAUAAAAGCCGUUUCAGCUGCAAAACCAAGUACAAAUUGGACUCCAAACCACCCAGUAAAUUUCAAAGAAUUACGAAAAACGUUGUCAUAUCCACAUUUAAAGUUUUUUGAAACCUUAUUCUCUUCUCUUAAUGUCACUCCGAUAAUUAAUUAUGGUAUCAAAGGUCGAUAUGUUAACAAUACGCCAGUUGGUCUCCUAAAAACGAUUAUAAACGGUACUCACGACGUUUGCUUCAAUUUACAGUAUAUUACUAAUGACGGUUAUAAAUUGAUAGAUAUUAUCAAUCCGGGCCCUGAGAAUGAUCUCUUCAUAAUAAUUAAAAAAAAUGGCACUCUAAUGCCUGUUGAGAAAAACCGUAAUUUUAAAAACUAUAAACUUGUUCUUAUUGCGCUAAUCGUUUUAUUAAUAUCAUAUAUUAUAAUAAUUGUGAAUAAUAUUAACAAUAAUUUCAUCGAUGACGAUGACGAUAAUAAUGACCCUGCGUACGGUAACAGUUUUUUGGACAUAAUUGGAUUUAUCAUAAGUGGUGGAAUAUCGGCGCGACUCACUUCAUAUUCGAUGCGUUUAAUGUUUGUGACAAUGACUAUUUUUGUUUUUAUAAUUUGCCCUGAAUUACAAGGGGAAAUAAUUUCAUUAUCGACAACAAUAGACCAUAAUUAUCCCGCGAGUAUCAAAGAUUUGUUUUACUUAGAUUACAACGUUUAUAUCAAUUCUGUGUUGAAAGAUACCGUUAUCGAAAUGAAAUCAGAAUUGAAUACUGACGUUAAACGUUUACAUGCUCCAUUACAUUCCGUUGAAUGUUAUGAGCAAAUUUUGAAAGACGAUACAACAGCUUGUGUAUAUAAAAAUAAACGACAGAUAGAUAUGGCGUCUGAACAUAAUUUCCAUUUAUCUCGGACAUUCGAGAUUUCUAAAUAUGUUUUUUUUUGGUCCAGAAAAAAUUUUCCCCUGAAAAAUAAAAUUGACCAAAUGGCACUGAGAAUGCAAGAAUCGGGUUUAUUUGACUAUUGGGAGAAGCAAAAUGUAUAUUAUCCGUUCUGUAAAUUAAAAGCGAAAGAAGCUACUGAACCAUCCGCUGAGUAUGAUGCAGUUGAUUUCGAACAUCUAAAACAGGCUUACGUUUUUCUGGCGGCAGCAAUGGGGCUGUCGGUUGUUAUUUUUAUCAUUGAAAUAAUGGCCGGUAAAAUAAGGAACUCGCGACGCCGAAACCUGAUUCGUGAAAGACAACGCAAAUUGAAAAUUCGACUCGAACAAAUGAGAAGAGAAAAUGUAAAUAAUCGGUUUUUAGAAGACAAAGUUCGUAUAGUUAAUAGACGUGUGGUCAUUCUACCUUAGACAUUAUAUUACUCAUAUUUAUUGAUUCUGUGUGACUAUUUUCUUUGAAAUAUAUACACUGAUAGAAAAACUAUCUUGAUUCAAGAAAAAAUUUUUCUUCAAAAUGUGGUUCUUGUUUUAAAAUUUUUAAUUGUUUUAAUUCAAGAAAUAAGUCCUUGAACCAAAAAAUUGAAAUUCUCGGAUAGAGAAAAAAAAUUCUUUGUUUGAGAAUUUGAUUUUUCGAUGAAGCCUUUUUUGUUUUGAAACAAAAUUCUGACAUAUUUCGCUCAAGAAUUUCUUGCUCUUGGAUUAAGAUAGGCAAAAUCUAGGUUUAAGACAUUACCGACUCGUUUCGAGAAUGGCGCGAUUUUUAAAUCAAGAUAUCAAUUUACUCAGCUUGAAAAAAAACUUUUUUUUUUAUUUUAAAAAUAAAAAGUAUUAAAGUGAUUUUUUAGGACUACAUUCAUUUACUUCAGACAUGUUAAAGUAGAAAUUUAUUCAAAAAAAAAUUUUUUUUUUCAUUACUUUAAAAACAUCUUCUAUCAAGGAAUUAUUACUUGAACCAAAAAUUUAAAGUUCUUAAAAUAAUAAUACGACAUUUUUAGUUGAAGACAAGUGGUCUUGCUUGAAGAAUUCGAUAGUAUCGAUUGAAGAUAAUAUAGUUUCGGAUCAAGACACGAGAGUUAUCCAUCGAAGAUACAAAAUCUAUAGAGCCAAGAAAAUCUAAAUCAAGACAAGAAUUUCUUGAAGCAAGACAAUUGGUUUUCUUUAGAAAUAAAUUCUUGGCUCAAGAAAAUAUUUCUUGAGUCAAUAUAAAUUUUCUAUCAGUGUAGAAAUAAAGUUUUACAAAUCCGAAUGUUUGAGUAUAUUGCCGAUGAUAAUAACACUUAUAACGCUGUAAUGAAACUGCGUCAUAGUUUUUAUAAUUAAUUGGAUAUUUAAUUAGAUGUCAAUAAAUAUUUAACACAUUAUGAUUUUUUGAAGAUUAUAUCACGUAUAUCAACUAAUUAUUUAUAUGAUUAAAAAAAUAUAGCGAAGAUUUGAAUAGUGAUGUUAUGGAAAAAAAAUUUCUAUUAAUACUCUGUAAUUUACUUUAAAGAUUUUAAUUUUAAAAAAUACUGAUAAAUUUAAGAUAAUGUUAUUGUUGCGUGUAUUGCAUUCAUGAA